AUGCAGAGGGCGUGUGGAGCCCCGAUAUCGAGCAGAGCUUCCAGGAGGCGCUGGCCAUCUACCCUCCCUGCGGUCGCCGCAAAAUCAUCCUCUCUGAUGAGGGCAAGAUGACGGAACGAACUAAUAGCACGCUACAUCAAACUGCGCACAGGAAAGACUCGAACGAGGAAACAGGUAUCCAGUCAUAUCCAGGUGCUGGCACGGAGGAAGGCUCGGGAGAUACAGGUGAAACUGAAGGACCAGGCAGCCAAAGACAAGGCCCUCCAGAGCAUGGCCAACAUGUCAUCAGCACAGAUCAUCUCUCCUACUGCCUUCCAGAACAAAAUGGCCCUGCAGAGCCUCUCACGGCCCGCGUACCCAUCUGCUGGAGGGUUUUGGCAUGGAGCACUUCCAGGUCAACCAGCACCUACAGAGGACAUCAAACCAUUUUCGCAACAGAACUACAUCAUGCAAGCCACAGGUCCUUCCAUCACAGGUUAUGAGAGUGCGUCAGGUCUGUCUAUGUCCCCUAGUGCCCCCCCUUGGCAGGGCAGAAGUAUAGCUAGCUCUAAGUUGCGGAUGUUGGAGUUCUCUGCCUUUCUGGAGCAACCACAAGACCCAGAGAACUUCAACAAGCACUUAUUUGUGCACAUUGGUCAGUCAAACCCAACAUAUUCUGACCCUUAUUUGGAAGCUGUGGACAUCCGGCAGAUCUAUGACAAAUUCCCUGAGAAGAAAGGAGGUCUGAAGGAGCUGUUUGAGAAAGGACCAGCAAAUGCGUUCUUCCUUGUCAAGUUCUGGGCAGACCUCAGCGUGAACCUCCAGGAUGACAGUAGUUUUUUCUACGGUGUCUCGAGCCAGUACGAGAGCUCAGAAAACAUGAUCAUCACUUCCUCUACUAAAGUCUGCUCCUUCGGCAAGCAGGUGGUGGAAAAAGUGGAGACGGAGUAUGCGCGGUUCGAGAACGGCCGAUAUGUAUUUAGAAUCCACAGAUCACCUCUAUGCGAAUAUAUGAUCAACUUCAUCCACAAACUCAAACAUCUACCAGAGAAAUAUAUGAUGAACAGCGUACUGGAGAACUUCACUAUACUACAGGUCGUUACGAACAGGGACACUCUGGAAACUUUGCUGUGUGUGGCUUACGUAUUCGAAGUGUCCACCAGUGAGCACGGCGCCCAGCAUCACAUCUACAGACUGGUCAAAGACUGAUACACAGAGCCUCAUGCCAUUAGACCCCCCUUUUUUUUUACCACUACAACUACUACUGCUAUUACUUACUACAGUUAAAAGCACCACAGCUCCCCCUACUGACUGCAGUCAUAGCCUUCUAUGCUUUAGUCAGGGAUGACAAGCGCAUCGGGGUGAACGACUCCACAGCAGUGCUGUCCAGAGGCCUGAGCAGACGAGGCUUCACUACAGGAACCUUACAGAACGGGAACCAUUGGAACGCUUGAGAAUGUCAGGAGGUCACUGUGCAUGUUGUAACAGGCAUUUUGUGUUCUCUUGUGUUUUUUUUUUUUUUUUUUUGUAUAAUGGAACUUCUGAUUAGAAAAAAAAAAUGCAUGAAGAUGUUUUUUUUUUUUUUUUUU